GUCAGUGUUACGUACUUCCGGCGGAGGGGUUUCGGCGUGACACCAGAUGAUGAGGAUCGUCCCGAAGCGCGAGGACUGCGUCUAUACCAGCUGUUACUGUGAAGAAAAUGUCUGGAAGCUCCUCGAGUUCAUCAGAACAGAGAACACGGCACCGCUGGAACAUCUGGCCGCGGUUUUCAUCUCCAACCAGAACCGAAUGGUUCCUCUGUGGAAGCAGAAGUCGGGACGUGGAGACCAUCCUGUGAUCUGGGACUACCACGUGGUUCUGCUGCAGACGGGGCUACAGUCGGACGCCCUGGUUUAUGAUCUGGACUCUGAGCUCCCGUUUCCCUGCAGCCUGAAACUCUACGGGGCCCAGGCCCUCCGCUCAGACCACGACAUCAGGCCCGAGUACCACAGGAACUUUCGCGUGGUUCCUGCCGACGUCUUCUUGCGGAACUUUGCGUCCGAUCGAUCUCACAUGAAGAACGCUGACGGGUCCUGGAAGAUGCCCCCCCCGCCGUACCCUCCCAUCCACACUGCAGAGAGUCACAUGAACCUGGAUGACUUUAUCAGCAUGGACGCUGCUGUGGGCUGGGGGACGGUUUUCAGUCUGGACCACUUCCUGCUCAGAUACAUAGGACACUCCUCUUCAUCAUCACCACCAUCAUCAUCAUCAUAAUCUUCAUCUAAACUGUAGGGGGGGGUAUUGUUUUGUGUAUUGCUGUGGAAACAUUUGAACAAAUUUGAAGCAAAUAAAGUUGUGCUUGUAAAUAAAAGUUGAAUUCAUAAUGUAA